AUGUCUUCCGCGGUCCGGAGUCCGCGCAAAAAAUUGCAAAGUGACGCGUCCGACCCGGUGAGUUUUGCUUGAUGAUUAUUAAAUUGAUUCUUAUCACUUUGUUUAAUGUCAAAGUUAAAGUGUAAUUUCCUAUUUCAAGAUAUCGGUUUCAGGAUCGAACAAACUCGCCAUAUAGUCUCCGAGAGACGUCGAAAAUACCCUCCAGAUAUCGUGAUGACGAGCUGUACAUGUCACCAUCUCGUGCUCCGAAACGUUCUUCGGUGGGAUCGCCUAAGAAGUGAGCACAGCUGAAAAGCCGUGAUGAUGUUUCUUUUUGUUUCCAGGUCUCCUUCAAAGCGCGUAAAUGGAAGAGACUCGCCUGCCGUCAGCAGUCUCAGUAGGAAUUCCAGUUUGACGAUGCUGGCUAGAGCGGCUCUCGGGGAUUACGAAUCUACCAGCAGUGGCUUGGAUUAUGUAGGAGACUGCCAUGAAGAUGGUUAUUCAUAUUUUUCAAAGUUCCAGACAGAGCGCCGCCCACCUCGUCGACAACUGGCACUAUCACCUGCUCCGCCACCUAAUAACGACCCACUCGCUAAAGAUCUAGAAAUGAUAGAAAUGCAUCAGAACCUCGUGGCCGGACUCGAUGACCUUGACAAUCCGGCGAACAUGACGAACGAGGCCGUUGAACACAGAAGCGCUCAGUCCUUCUUCAACAUUUUCACUUCCGACAUGGAGAGGGACGCCAUGAAAAGACAGUUCAAAUGUGUGAAAAAUCAGACGAGUGAAGAUGUGAGCACUUACAUGAGAGCUAACAUUAAGAAGCUAUACAAUCUGCUCAGAUACAAAAAGGUUAUACUUCGAUAUUCUGGAUGUUGGCUGAUUUCUGUAUAUAUUCAGGCAAGACAAUGGGUAAUGUGCGAGUUUUUCUAUUCGGCCAUCGACGAACAGAUUUUCAAAGAAGAAAAUGAGUUUGCCACGAUUCUCCGUGAAUCAUUCCCAAAUCUGAAAAAUUGGAAAUUAAACCGGGUCGAGUGGCGGACGAUCCGACGACUGCUCGGAAAGCCUCGCAGAUGCUCAAAGGUUUUCUUCGAGGAAGAACGAGCAUAUCUCGAAGAAAAAAGAAUGAAGAUCCGCAGUGUAUACGAAGGAAGUUAUCUAAAUGUCAGUUUCGAUGCAAACAUUCUCUUUUACAAUGGUAUUUCAGGAUCCAUCGAUUGAUUUGAAAGAUCUUCCUGCAAAGCUUCCUCGUCCGAUGAUUGUCGGCAAUCGAGUAUUUGCUCGCAUUCGCACUCCGUACGAUGGGAUAUACUCUGGUAUUAUUGAUGCGGUUAUUCCAAAAGGGUUCCGAAUAAUCUUUGAUAAGGUUUGAGACGCUCCGUAUUCGUAUUCUGAGUUCUGCUUGUUUCAGCAUGACAUUCCUCCAACAUUGGUUAGUGACACUGAAGUGCUUCUUGAUGGAAAAUCAGAACUGCUCAGCAUUGCUUACUUUAUUGAGCAAGCCAAUUCAAAAUUGCCUUCUGGAGUCCGUCCGUUCGUCGCCGCUGUCCGGGAUUCCAACAGACCUCAUUUGGUCCGUGACGAGUUGGUCGCAAGGAAUAUCGACAGAGGAGGGCCGUUGAAUGGACCGAACGAUGAAAGAUUGAAUGGACGAAAUGCUGAAAUGGUUGGAAAUUUCCCGUUAAAGUUCCUUGUGAACCUGGUUAAACUGACCAAGCUGUCUGAGAUCAAAAAAGUAUUAGUCCGGCAGUUGAACGAACUGAACGGAGAAGCCGAAAUGCAUAAUUUGACCAGUGAUGAGUAUCCGUCGGAAUUCCAGGUAAUGCUGAUAAAAUUAAACCCAGAAAAGAUAGGGUUUUCCAGGAGAAGUACGCAAAAGUGAUCAUCGAUCUGGAGCACGUCAACCAGAACAUUGAUGUUAACAUGAACGGAAUUCAGGAUCAUCAUAUGUACUACACUUCACAUGAGGUACACAUUUUGCUUUACAUUAGAAAGCUUCAUAAUAUCCUGUUCUUAGAUGCAAAAUGUGAGACCAGAAGCAGUCAAAAAAGUUUGCUACCAGCAAGCGGGACGAUUUGUGGAGCACUGUAAUCAAGGAUUGAAUGUGGAGAAUGUACACGCACUGACACUGAUUCAGGCUCUCACAGCUGUUCUUCUGCAGGUAGCCACGCGAAGAGAGUGUUGGCUAAUAUUUGUUUUCAGGUUCGAGCGAUGGGAAGUCAGAAAAUCUCAGCUGUGGAUCUGCAGUCAUUUGGCGACGUUGUCACCGAUAUUCGCAACCAGAUUAAUCCUCGAAACGUGGCAUUCUUCCAAGACUACGUGGAAGUUCAUCUGAAGCAAUUCCACACCAUAAUGGUUGAAAGCGGCGCUCUCUCGGGUGCCGUGUCCAGCAGGAAAUGA